UUUUUUCUUUUUCCAGAAAAACACACAGACUGUCUAAAAUGCCUGUUUGAUAAGAAAGAGAGAGAAAGCAAAGGGAUUACAAAAGACUGCCAUUUACAACUUAUAGCUGCACACCUGUUUGGACCUCUGGCUGGUUAUAGCAACUGCACAAUAGACAACAAAGGUCUUCCUGGAAAAUUUAAAAAAUGUCCUGUUUGUAAACAAGAUAUAUCUUCAGAAUCAGGGAACACAUCAUUUGGUAAUGGCAGUGUAUGGCAUGGCUUUGCUGAUUUAUUUGUGAACAAAAGUAUUGUCAAGGUUGCUGAAGUAACUGAUGAUACUGAUGAACCAAUAGAGAAGAGAAGAAAAUAUGAUGAUUAUGAUGAUGACUCUGAUUCAGAAAGUAGUUUUAAGCCCAACAGGGAAUUUAAUGUAAAACAAGAUUGUAUUGGUGCAAAGGAUAUAUCUCAGGGGCUAGCGCAAACAAUUGUUAAUGCAUUUUGUGAAGUGCAGAAGAAUGUUACAUUAAAGAACACUUUUAUUCCAUCAUUCAUCAUCUCAUAUAAGUACAUUAAGAUCGCAAUGUAUAAUUGUGAAUUAGACACAUUGAUACUGACUCCAGAUUUGAGACUUCUGGUCAAAUUAGAUGCCAUCCAGGAACCGUUUCUAGAUUUCUCCACCAUUUUAACUGUGUGGUUUGCUUUAAAUUUUGAAAUAUUCGUUGAUAAACAGGAGAUUUUUGAAGAAGUUAUGCCUGUGUCAAAUUUUCAGAAGUUAGCAGGAUCUAGACUACCAUUUUACAAGAAUCUAUGUUGUAAACCAAUGGUGGACAAAGUGGAAUCUCUCCUAGUGAUUAUAAACUUCAUCCUGAAAGUCAACAGAUUGUGGGGAAUGUGUUGGAUAGACAAUUGGAACACUGCAGGCAGCUCAAUGCAUUACUUAGUAACAUGUCAUAACUGUGAACUUUUAUCACUGAUCUUUCACCUCGCUAAAAAUAUAAAAAAACAGACUUGUCCAGCUUUCAGUCUGGACAAAACCAUUCAUUAUUUUUAAGUGAAAAUUUCAAAUUAUGUAUUGACUGAGUAGUGAUAGCAGACCAUGAUCAUGGCAUGGAUGUGUCAAUUGAUCUUGGUCUACACUGGUCGUGUGGGAAGAAGUAGUUGCACCAUCAGGCUAAGUGUUAAAAAAUUGAACUUUUCUUAUGAAUGAUUUUGUGCUGUCAUGUUAAUACUGAUAGGCAUUUAUGAAUGCAUGAUAAAAUUACUCAUUGGAAGUGUGGUUUUAA